AAUAAAAUGGUCACAGCCCCAGACAUGGGCUUUGCCAGGCUUGCACGUGCAAGGCUUUCCAGCGUGCUGCUGCUGUUGAGUGUGGUAUCCUGUUCUGCUGCUGCUCAUGGGGCUGAGCCCAGCCUGGGCAAGAGGUCCUUGCUUCAUUAUGAGCAUGAUUCCAGUGGUGCUGUUGACUCUUCUGAAGAUAUGAGGUUACAUGUUUUCACACUGGACUAUGACUACGUGCAAAUUCCCUAUGAAGUUACCCUUUGGAUCCUCCUUGCCUCUUUUGCAAAAAUAGGUUUCCACAUCUUUCACCGAUUACCAAAACUUAUGCCUGAAAGCUGCAUCCUGAUUGCCAUUGGAGCACUAGUAGGAGCAAUCAUCUUUGCUUCCCAUCACAAAUCUCCACCAGUGAUGGACAGUAGUAUUUACUUCUUGUAUCUCCUCCCACCCAUUAUUCUGGAGGAGGGUUAUUUCAUGCCAACUCGACCAUUUUUUGAAAACUUUGGAUCCAUUCUGUGGUGGUCUGUUCUGGGAGCUCUGCUAAGCUCAUUUGGGAUUGGCCUCUCGCUCUAUGGAGUCUGCCAGAUCGAAGCCUUUGGCCUGAGUGACCUGAGCCUGCUGCAGAACUUGCUCUUUGGCAGCAUGAUUUCAGCAGUGGACCCCGUGGCAGCUCUGGUGGUUUUUGAAGAAGCCUCCGUUAACGAGCAGCUUUAUAUGAUGAUCUUUGGGGAGUCACUGCUAAAUGAUGGCAUAACUGUGGUUUUAUACAACAUCUUCAUUGCCUUCACCCAGAUGCACAGGUAUGAAGAAUUUGAAUCCAUCGAUGUCUUUGCUGGCUUUGCUCGCUUCUUUGUGGUGGGGCUGGGUGGAGUCUUGUUUGGCAUCGUGUUUGGAUUUGUCUCAGCAUUCAUGACUCGUUUCACCCGCAACGUCUCUUCCAUCGAACCCCUGCUGGUCUUCAUGUUCAGCUACCUCUCAUACUUGUCUGCUGAAACCCUUUACAUCUCUGGCAUUUUGGCGAUGACAGCAUGUGCAGUGACAAUGAAAAAAUACGUGGAGGAGAAUGUUUCCCAGAAUUCUUACACCACAAUAAAAUAUUUCAUGAAGAUGCUAAGCAGCAUCAGUGAGACCCUGAUUUUUGUGUUCAUGGGAGUGUCUACAGUGGGGAAGAACCAUGAAUGGAACUGGGCCUUCAUUUGCUUCACUCUGUUCUUCUGCCUCACUUGGCGGACACUGAGUGUGUUUGCUCUCUUCUACGUCAGUAACAAGUUCCGAACAUAUCCCUUCACCUUCAAAGACCAACUCAUCAUUUCUUACAGUGGCCUCCGAGGAGCCAGCAGCUUUUCUCUUGCAUUCUUGCUUCCAGUGAAUCUUUUCCCCAGAAAAAAACUAUUCAUCACUGCGACCAUUGUGGUUAUAUAUUUCACGGUGUUCAUCCAAGGAAUCACAAUUGGACCUUUGGUCAGAUAUCUGGAUGUUAAAAAGACGAACAAAAAGGAAUCUAUCAAUGAAGAAAUUCAUGUGCGAUUGAUGGAUCACUUGAAGGCUGGUAUUGAAGACAUAUGUGGACAUUGGAGUCAUUAUCAGCUGAGAGAUAAAUUUAAGAAGUUUGACAAUAAGUAUUUGAAGAAAAUUUUAAUUCGGGAACACCAGCCCAAAUCCAGCCUUGUGUCAUUGUACAAAAAGAUGGAGAUAAAACUGGCCAUCGAGAUGGCUGAGAGUGGCAUGAAAAUUUCAAAACCAUCCACUACUUCUUUACAGAGCGGCAAGAAGCAGCGUGCACACAGGCUGUCCCCGGCAGAGGUGGAGGCCAUGCGGGACGUCCUGGCACACAACCUGUACCAAGUGCGGCAAAGGGCACCAGCAUACAACAGGCACAAUCUUCCUACUGAGUCAAGUGAGAAACAAGUGCAAGAAAUCCUCAUCCGUCGGGAACACAGCCUGAGGCAAAGUUGCAGGAAGGGAAACAGCUUGCCUUGGGGUAGACCGGUUAAGACCACGGAAAUACGCUACCUCUCCUUGCCUCAGGGUCCACGCCAGCCCACUAGAAGAAAAGCCAGGCAUGUUACUUUUACAGAUCAGCACAGGAGAGGCUCUGAUGCUGCACUGCCAUUGGCAUCGAGGUCCCAGCCCCGAGCACGGCCGCUGGAAGCACAGCAGCGCCAGGAGCUGAUUCCAAUGGCACACCUGGACAGACGAGCUGCUCCAUCCAAGCUGCCAGCUCGCAGAGGAAAUUCAGUCAGGCCUCAUCAUUUCACCAGAGCACACAAUCCAGCUCCAAUGCCAAGGGCUCGCUUCACUGUCAGAGAGGUGGAGGAGUAUGAGUCAGAAGAAGAGACAGAAACAAUGGCACCAGCCAGGCCAUUAGUUAUAUGA